AUUUUGAAUGAAAAUGGAGACGGAGCCCGGAACGGAGUUCACGUAUGAGAUUGCCGAGACCGUCGCCGAUGGACAGGAAGUCGAGCUUGCCGAAGAUGAAGGCGACUACAUCCAGGUCCAUGCCGACGAACAUGGCAACCUCAUCCAGGACGAGGACGGCAACCUCAUCCAAUACGUCCCAAUGGAGGAAGACGAAGCUGUUCAAGAAGGACACGAGGAAGUUUCUCAUCAACACGUAGAACAGAUAGUGGACGAACAUGGCGAGGUACACCAUGUUAUCAUGCAAGAGAGCGGAUCGGCGGUCGAAGAUGAGGAAGGACAUAUGGUCGAGGCGAUCCAGGGAGAAGACGGUUCCGUCGUCCUCGUCGAUCAGGAGAACGAGGAAAUGGUGGAACAGAGUGAAGAACUUGCCGAAAGUCAAUCUCCAAACUUGCCGGAAUCGCCUCCGUCUCAACAUGCCCAAAUGAUCCAACAACAACCCGUUCAACAACAACAGCAGACCCAGGUUAUUCAACAACAACCUCAACAGAUGCUGUACGUUGUACAGCCCGGAACCAAUCAGCUGCAGCAGCUCCAUUUUCAACAACCGAUCCAGGGGCAACAGACGAACCAACAGAAGAGCAAGGUCGUGUGGAUCACUAAACCAAAUCAGACGCCUCAACUGCAGCAGGUCGUCACGUCUUCUGCCCCUCAAACCAUCCAAACCACCCAGCCACGGCUGAUUCAGAUAGGAGGACAAACACUGAUUGUACAGUCACCGGCGAGUUUUCAAGACAAUAACCAACAGAAAAUUCUACUCAGAACUCCUUCCCAACCCACACCCACAAUCGCAAAACAGACCGUCUCCUCGACUUUUUCUCAGCAGGUUAUAUACGUGAAGCCUGCGACGGGUCCAGAUGGCAAACCGCAGCUGAUGGAGGUUUUCCAAAACCAGCAGACGGUCCAAACCCUGAAAUCCCCACAAAAAAUCGCACCUCGUAUCACAACAGUGACUUCACCAAUGCAGCAAAUAACCUACCGGCCGCAGGGCUCGUCCGGACAAGUUGUCACUGUGCAGGCAUCGCCUCAAUCACAGCACCCUCAAUACCUCGUUGUUAAGCAAACAACACCGCAAGGACAGCAUAGUUUCGCCGUCCAACCGCAGAACAGUGAACCAGCGCAAGCUGAUUACGACGCAUACGACAAACAAUUGAGCCACACCUCAUCGAAGAAACCGUGCAACUGCACGAAGAGCCAGUGCCUAAAAUUAUAUUGCGAUUGCUUUGCGAACGGAGAGUUCUGUCAGAACUGCAAUUGCGUUCAAUGCUACAACAACCUGGAACACGAAGAAGAGCGAUCGUUGGCGGUGAAACUUUGUCUCGAGCGCAACCCUAAUGCUUUCCACCCAAAAAUCGGCAAGUAUAAACCGGGCGACAAAGAAAGACGGCAUACGAAGGGAUGCAAUUGCAAACGCUCGGGCUGUCUCAAGAACUAUUGUGAGUGUUAUGAGGCGCGGAUCCUGUGCUCAGGGGUCUGUCGCUGCGUCGGAUGCCACAACAUAGAAGAGAAUAUGGAUGCAGAGUCCCUGCUCACCAUCAAACAAGACUUCAAGUACCGAGCUCCCAAAUCCAAGUUUGACGAAACACUCAAACAGCUCGCCGGAGUUGGCGAAGCUGACAAGUCUACGGACGCUCGCUCCCUUCCGCCGAAACCCGAGCUGAAGAUCUCAUCCGAGCUCGUCGAUGCCACUUGUGAAUGUCUCCUCUCGAGGGCAUCCGAAGCGUCCGAGGAGGAAGCCGAGAAAGCGAUACUCCAAGAAUUCGGCCAUUGUCUCGCCGCGAUAAUCGAAGCUGCGAAUAUGCGGGUGGCCACCAAAGUUGAAUGAAAUACACGCGGAAAAUAUUCUAAAUAAAGUAAGCCAUAGACAU